AUGCUACCCAUUGUCGAAAAAGAUCCAAAUAGUGUACGCAUUCAAUUGAAUAGAUUAGGCGACAGAGCUCUUCAUGUAGCAGCAGGUGCGGGGAGCACUGCUUUUGUUCAAGAGUUGGUUAAGCUUAUGAGCCCAGGAGAUGUGCUAAUACAUAACGAAGAUCAGAUGCUUCCAGUUCACUUGGCUGCUUUAUCUUUCCAUCACAGAAUAGUGCAACUUCUAUGUUCUGACCAUCUGCUUGACAAAAUGGCUUACAAGGAUAUUGAAAAACUCUUUUUUAUUACCAUUACCAACAACAUGUUUGAUGUGGCCAUUACACUAUUUGAAAAACGUCCACUUGAUUUGACCUUUGCAAGAGAUGAACAUCAGCUAACAUCAUUGCAUAUGCUGGCCCGAAAGUCUUAUGAAGUUCUAGGGAGAGAAAUACAGGGCGACAUUCAAACAGGAGGAUCAAUAGAAACGGGUAUGGAAUUGCUGUAUAGGAUAGUGGAUGAAGUUAAAAAACUGCAAAUCAAAGACAUGUUGGCGUUGACUACUCAACCCUCCGCAGUGUUGUUUGAUGCACUAGAAUCAAGAAACGGUGACUCAGUAAUACGGUGUUUUAUGGGUGGUUCUUCAUUACUCAUCACCUUUAAGGACUUUAAGGGACGAAACCUAAUGCACUUGUUUUUUCUAUAUCGACGUUUGGAAUUCUUUGAACAAUUCCAAAAUGAGAGAAAACAAUAUUUACUAAGAGAAGUGGACAAUGAAGGUAACAACGUUCUACACCUGGCUGCGCUUUUGGCCCCUGAAUUCAAAUCAUUCUCAGGUUUAAGUGCAAAAUUUCAAAUGGAAAAAGAACUGUCUUGGUUCAAGGAUGCAGAGAGAAUAGUUCCUGAUGAAUUAAGGAGUAUGAGAAACAAGAAGGAUAAGACACCAAUUGAUGUAUUUUAUGAUGAACACAACCAGUUAUCCAAAGGUAUCAAAGAAUCUGCGGUAGGAAUAACGAAUUCUGGGAUGAUUGUGGCAACGCUUGUUGCUACUGUAGCAUUUGCAGCUGCUCUCACUGUUCCAGGUGAAAAGAACAAUGCCUCGUUCAUAGUUUUCAUCUUCGCAAAUGCAAUCGCAUUGUUCACUUCUUCUGCGUCCAUACUCUCUUUCUUGACAAAUUUCAUUUCUUCAAGAUUCGCAAACACUAAAUUUGUUAUAUCACUACAUCCCAGCUUGCAUUAUGGCCUUCAGUUACUAAUGUUCUCCGUUGAGGCUAUGGCUUGUGCUUUCAUUGCAGCAUCCUUUCUGAUAUUUGAUCACAAAACAAAAUGGGUUCCUUAUGUAGUGAUUCCAAUGGCGUUUAUCCCAUUUCUUGUGUUUAUUUUCUGCCAAUCUAAGUUCUUGGACUCCUAUUGGUCUAAAUACUAUCGUCCUGAUCCCAAACUUGGGCACGAAACUUAAUAUUUACUCACCUACGUUAGCACAAU